CGACGUGUCUUCUACAGAACAGCUGUUCACUGUUUUAGUUUUGAUGAUUUGUAUCAUUCGGGGUUAAAUUCUGAAAAUAUUGUCUUUGAUAGAGAAAAUAUGACAGUAAGAUAAACUCAUUUUAUAUUUUGAGAUGAUAAAAUUCGAUCAAAUCCAUUUUACAAUUAUUUAUAUUCCAACAAGAAGGUGGAUUUGAAGGUUAAUUUACGUAGAAGACAUCUCAUUGUAACUUGACAGUAUUAUUCUGAUUGUAGUUUGUUGGUUUGGCAAAUAAAAAUAUAAAAAUGGUUCUUAUGACAAUGAUUGCACGUCUCCACGACGGAUUACCUUUGGCAGCAACCAUGCAAGAAGAUGAACAGUCUGGUCGCAGUAUUUUGGAAUAUCAGAAUCAAGCAAAAAUGCUGUUCAGGAAACUAAGUCCACAGAGUCCUCCUCAAUGCACUAUUGAGACCGGACCGUACCUUUUUCACUACCUUAUUGAAAGAGAAGUUUGUUACCUAGUUCUGUGUGAGCGUACCUAUUCCAAGAGACUUGCGUUUACCUAUCUCGAAGACAUAGCACAGGAAUUCCAUUCACAGUAUGGGAGGAAGGUUGCAUCUGUAUUCAGGCCGUACACAUUCAUUGAAUUUGACACAUACAUUCAAAAAGCGAGAAAGAUGUACACAGAUUCCAGAGUGAGAAAAAAUUUGAACACUCUAAAUACAGAACUACAAGAUGUUCAAAGGAUAAUGGUUCAGAAUAUUGAUGAUGUUCUUCAAAGAGGCACUGUAUUAUCUGAGUUGGAUUCCAAAGCACAAAAUCUAUCAAUCCUAUCCCAAAAAUACAAGAAGGAUGCCGCGUAUUUGAACAUGAAAUCAGUUUAUUUCAAGAUGGCAGCUGGAGGCAUUGUUCUAUUUGUAUUCUUUAUGUACUUCUGGGUGCUAUGAAAACUGAAAAUCAUGCAGAAGUCGCUAAAUAGAUUGAUCUUUGUAUAAACACAUUAUGGUUGAGGAACUACGACUACCCAAGAACUGAAAGCAAGGGUGGAAUUUUGAUUGUACAUUUUGUAACAAGGAAAAUGUUUAGAUUAAUAAAUAUUGUAAAUCAUAUAAUUUAUUCUCACGUUUCAACAUCAUUUAUUGAAACUUUGAUUGUUUUUUAUUAUUGCACUCGUUUUAUAUCAUCAAUGUGAAUAUUGUAUUUUAUAAACAAUUUGAGUAUUGAUCGAAUUUAUACUUUACAAAGAAAAUUGGCCAAAUGUGUAGGGUUCUUGUACAACACUACUUGAUUCAAUUUGUAAUCCUAACUUUUAUUCGAACUCAUUUUUUUCAAUUGAACUCAUUAUUACGAAAAGUACAGUUUCCAAUUUUUUAUUACUGUAGGCCUAUGUAUAUUGAAAGCAUUAUUUAGCGUACCGCACUGUAUUUAUCAAUAUAAUUUAUACGCUUUUAAUUUAAUCAAUAGGCUACGUGCAUGCAUCACGUUGUUAUAAUGAAAAUGUUUCAUUUUUCAUGUGCAAAUGAUCAGGAAUCGAAUAUUAAAGAGUUUUUAUAAG